CUAGCGUGAUGCGAGAUGACUCUUGAAUUUCAAUCAAUUUCUAAAGUUGGGCAAUUACUGCUCGGCAGUCCAUUCAGUGGCCACAUCGACGAUGUUUUCGUCCUCGAUUCGAAAAAUGAAAAUCCAUUCAGUGGAAGGAUCUACAUCCGACACGGUGCCAACCUGGUUGCCUUUAACGUGUCGUAUAUUAACAGCUCAAGCAAUUUGAAGCGACUGUGGAAUCAACGAGUGUUUAACAAUGCCCAGCAGAUCUCCUACCCAUUGCGAGCCUAUCCAUGGCUUGUUACUAAUAUGCUGCUUGAUGACGGCAGUGAUGGGAUCAUCCUUCGUAACGAGGAUGGAAUAGGUUUCUAUCGUUUCGAUCAAACCAAUACAAACAAAUCCGAAGAAAAGCUUCAAACUAUGACACGUGACACCAACUUCCGUGAUCUUUAUGGAUGGGGAAAAGUCCAUCAGUCCGUUGUCCUCAUUGGCCGAUUCUAUCACGACACGCGGUUAGUUGGAAUCAUGAGCCGGAUGAACGACAAAUCCGGCCAGGUUCUUGAAUUUUACGCAGCUGCCAAGGACCGACUUCAAUCUGGCCAGCCGUAUCCGCUCCUUCCAUUGCGAGAAAGCACGGCAUUGACUGCAGUCUCCAAAAUAUCCAAAGCAACCGAUUUUUAUGUGGCAGACAUCCAACGGAACGGACAGGACAGCAUCAUCGUACGGAAAGAAACUCAAUUAGAGAUGUAUCAGUUUGACGACAGAUACGAACUUCAACAGAUGGCCAAGGUAUCACUGGUGGAUAGUUCGGCCGGAUUAAAUGAACGAUUUUUCUUCGUCAACUUGACCGGACAACCUUUUCAAGACGUAGCCCACUUUACUCCACAUGGAUUAUUCGUCUACCAACUGAAAACUCCCAAUGUAACAGGAAUUUCCAUGAAAGAAUACAGCCUCAUUCACUACAGCGCUGCAUUUUCUGAGACGAAUGGAUGGAUGCAAGAAUACGAUCAAUCCAUCCACUUAGUUGAUGUGAAUGGUGACGGCCAAGAUGACUUGCUCUUCACCGGCCCAAAGGGACUUGCAGUACUUGAAUUCAAUGCGGAUGAAUUCUUCUGGAAUACUCUGUUACAUCCCUCAUCGUUCAGUGACGUCACACAACGUUAUGCUAUCGUAGUCGGUGCUACGAAGGCCGUAAAGUUGCCAAGCGGACACAAGGAAUCGUUUCUAUUGACGCUGGAUGAGGAAAGAAAACUUUAUUUGAGCCGACUGUCAAUUAAACUUGCAAAUAAAUUACCAAAGAAAUUGGCCGUUGUCCAAACAACUACUCCCACUAUUCCAGUUACUACACGUCAUUCAACUGUAAAAGUUCCACUGCAGGUGAAACGUUUCAUUCCAGUAUCUGAAAGGCCAAUCCUCAGAUGGAGAGAACAGCACGCUGAGCCGAUUUCCUCAACGAAUGUAGUAGAUCCGGUAAGCGGUGCCAUCUAUUUUGAACUGCCUAUAUUCAAAUCAACCAGAUAUUACGAUCCUCUUCCUCAUUCAAUUUCCCUUUCGUAUCACAGCCAAAACGCCAUGUUUUCUGAUAUUGCUGGAUUAGGCUGGACGUUUGAACUUCCGGAUAAUUACAUUUCAGUCGAUUACAACAAUAGCAUUUUCAUCGAGGACUGGACAUUUUCCGUAUCGGUAGAUGGCGUUUUCUUUCAACUCACAACAGCUUCUACUGCAGACCAUGUUCUUUUCUUUCGGCAACAUACACUCAAGUGGGAUGUUGAAUUCCAUCAAGAAAAACAGCGCUGGAUCAUUCAAACAGAAACGGAAACAUUUACCUACGGAUCGGAAAAUUCAGUGCAAGCUAUUCGCUGGAACCUCCAUUGGCCUCAUUGGCGAGGGUUGGGCCACGAUGUCAAUUCGCUGAAAAGAGUUCCAGUUGCCUGGUAUUUAAUCCAACGGCGCGUGAAAGCUACAGGAAAACUAAUUAUUUAUCGUUACGACAUUGAUACCAUCGAAGAAAAGAAUACCCUUCAUAAAUAUCGUUGGACGUCCGCCAUCCGGUUGAAAAAAAUCGAGUCUUCGACAACCAUCACAUUCGAUUACACCGUCAAACUCCAAGAAGAAUAUCAAUCAUUUAAUCUGCAAACAAAUCAGAGUAGUUUAUUAUUCUUUCCGGUACCUUUAAGAGAGUCCCAUUACCUGACGGGCUGCCAAAUAACGACAGAACACUACAAGCAAAGCCUGCAAUUCGUUUACGAAACGGACAAGAAAAGUCGGCGGUUGUUGAAAGCCAUCGAGCAGCCAAUAACUGCAGACAACCGCGAAUCCAUCUUCCAAUUCAAAUACCAUGACUCUGAGAUGUUACUGAAUGAAAUCCAAAUGGCCAAUGGAUUAAAAUUACACGUCGAAUACACCAAAAUAAAUCCCGUCGUUCUGCCGGAUCUUUACUCGUCUGUAUCACAUCCUGUUGAUGAACAACCGGCCAUUGCCUACAGUCGGGACUACGCAAUUAUGACUUUCCGACAACGUCAAUUAGCCGAGAAAAUUCAGUUAAAGAUUCUCGACAUCCAUAAUUUUGCAACGCUGGCAGAAUUAACAGCUUUGCCGGCAAACGUGGAAGGCCAAGUUCUUUCCUACGACGUUCGCGCUUACACAAAUUUCUGCCUUCUCCUUCUAAAAACGAAUGAAAAACAGAAACUGUGUUUAUUUCAUCGAACCAUUCGUGAUGGAAUAUCAAAAUGGAACAAGGAUUCUACUUGCUUUCGGUUUGGCAACGAUGCGUUGAUGCAAUCCAGUGAAGUCGGAGUAGUUUUACUUGAGGACACAUCAGACGUUAUUAAAAUAUUAGAGUUCGACAAAGAUCUUUCCCUAUGGAACGAGCAUCGAUUGAAAUUACCAUCCAGCCACGUCCUCCGACUUGAAAUGUUCAAUCACAUGGUGGUCGGCUAUGACGACAAGCAGCUUUUCAUCUGCCACCGGCAAAGGUCUACUGGGCAAUGGCAGAUCCGUAAUAUUCAGCAAUUGGAUGGCCUAUUUAAUGGCGGAUCGUCCAUUGUUAAAAAGUUCCGUUUGCCAUCGGACGACGAAAAAAAAUUAAUAGAAACUCUUAAAGAAGAUGUACUGCAAAUAUCCAGCAACACGAUCGCCAUUACUUCGUUGCACCUCAAGGACAGGCAGCAACUGCUUUUGAAAAUGCGUCUUUACCUGCUGGAUGCUCAUUUUAACGUGGUGCGUCGACGAGAAUUCACAGUGCAGGGUGAACGCAUUUUGGAGGUGAGGCAGCGUGUAGAACACGAAGGAACAGAAUACCAAUUGGCCUACCAGUUGAUGAAAGAGGAUUUCUUCCGCCCGAGAAUCGUUAACGUGUCCGGUAAAUGGGUUGAAGAAAAGCAUUCAAAGAUGGAACAAGAACAGAAUAGAAAUUUCAACAUACUGGAAAGCGAAUGGAAGAAAAAUGUCACUCUUCGGAGAGAUACAGAAUUCAAAGCUUACGACAACGCAAUGCUGGACCAGUAUGGCGAAUGGAAAAGGAUGGCCAGUGGCGAAACGUCCAACAUUGCCAACGAGCAGACGAGUGAAGAACAGCCAACGUGUGAUGACGUUUCGUAUAGACCGUGCAACCGCUAUUGCCACGAGAUGGAAGCACUGUUUGAAAAUAAAAGGACGACGUUAGAUGAUGCGGCAAGGAUUAGAAAGAAUUGGAACGCAUGUUACGCCGAAAACUGGAAAAAGCAAUGGCGAAAAAACAUGACCAUAAUAAGUGAGCAAUCCUUCUAUGAUCCAAUGGAAAAACUAAAACAACACAUGCAAGAACUGAAAAUCGAGUGGAAGAAUAAAGGAAUAGAUAUUGGCAGUAGUCACAAAGAAUCGCAAGACAUGUUAGCCAAUCUCAAUGCUAAUGAGGAAUUUCAAAAAUUAUUCGACAACUCGUUUUUAAUGAACUGGCCACUCCAUCGAGUACAGAUGACUCCGCAAGGGCUUCGGACCGGAAACGGAACGUUCAUUCAGAUGAUGGGUAACGAUUGGCAACUGCAGGACCCCGACAUGAAAGAAAAUGAGCCAUCAUCUGUCAGCCUUGGUAAUUCAUUCGUCUUGGAAGAAAUGCUAGUCAAUAAUCAAACAGAAACGCGACAUUGGACGCUGUACGCGCAAGAUACCGUUGUACCUAAUCGCAAGAUCGGGCCGCCAUUACAUCAGUUGCAAUGCAGUUUACCUUAUAGAAUUAUUAAUAGCUAUCCAGCGUAUUUGGCUUACCAAAAUCCACACAACACCACGAUAGUCGUUUCAUUUGCCGAUAACGGCAAGGUGCUGGGUAGCGUCCACACUUUGCCCGACGAACAGCUGAUGCCAGACAGCAGCUCGUACGACUGGGUGACGACAUUGGCGAGUAAAGAUGGAUCACAUCCGGAGAAAAUGCAGUUGUUGAGGCGAUCAUUGCGUUCCAUCAGCAAAAGCUUUGCCCAGAAAACGAGUGCCGUUAAACGCAUAAAAACGAGCAACAGCGAUGCCAGUUUACACCGUUCUACCGGCUACGAGUGGAACAACAAUGUCAAAGGUAACGUGACUCUUACCAUCAUCCCCGGAAAUGAUAUAACAUUGGCCGGAUGGAUAAGACAAGUAUGGACGUACGAAGAAAAGCCUUCCGGUGGAUGGACUCGAACUGCAUCAGAAAUGUUUGACGCUAGCGGUCACUCGGUACAAAAAACAAAUGAAAAUGAGGACGACAUUAACAACCCACGCGAGAACGACAGCAUCUUAUGGGAUGCCAACAGGCAAAGAAUCAUUAGCGAUUUCUCACCUUUCAGUUUAGGUGACCAGAUGGUUUCGUAUUACGGAUUUGAACGGUACGAAGUCAACAACUCGAGUUCGCCCAUCCGCUGGCGAUUUAAAGAAUCCAACGUCGUUGAGGGCGGUUUCUCUCUGACCGGUAACCGCCACUUGCGACUAAAAUCGAAUAACCAACAAUCAACAUUGGAAGGUACUUUUAUUCCGACUGAACAGAACAUUGAUUACGUGGCUUCUUGCUGGAUACGGGCAUCUGAUGGCGUUCGUUCCUUGGCCAGCACAAUUGAAAUAGAUCAGGCCACAAAUUAUCUCAAAGCCAUCGUCAUGGCCAAUAAAACCGAGUUGUUUGGCUUGUUGGCCCGGAUUAUGCGCACUUCAGGUGAUUGGAUCUACGUAGAAGUGCUGAUCAAUUUUGAUACAAUAAUGCAACUGUACGACGAAGGUCUGCCGACACUGAAAGGAGACGACAAACAAAAGAAGACAGUACCUCAAUUUUCCAUCAAAUUGAUAGUUGCACCCCAGCUACAAGACGGGCAGACAGUCGUUCUGGAUGUGGACCACAUCCGAUUCACCCCAAUGGCACACGACUUGAAGGCGACCGUCUACGAUGUGGACAACGGUCAACCUAUUUCCAUAAUUGACUCCAUUGGUUCCAUUAGCCGAACUGUUUAUUACCGCGAUCGGGAAAUGGCCGUGAUUGACGACGUCACUGCAAUUGACGGACAGCACAAAUUAGGGCAAGUUGCAACGUCCAGCGUCACCGGCCAUUUGCUUCCAACACCGAAAGGCUUACCUUCUCACCUUCAAAAUCAACCACCAUGUCGAAUUGUUUUCCGCCCGGAAAACGGCGGAUUGUAUGAAACUUUCGACGCUUACGCAUGGCACAAACGCUGGACUAGUCCAGCUUCCGAAUCACGAACCGCAGCAUGGACGGUCGCCCCCGGCCGUUUGUUGCACAACCAGCCACAAUCUCAUCAACUUGUCAGUACAGAUCUUUCGGCCCUGUUUGGAACAGAAGAAUCAUCUUCAGCAGCCAUUCGCUGCUAUUAUUCGUUGCUGUCUUCCAACGCAUCCGUAACUUGGAAAUUGCCUAUGGGGCACGUUCAAUUGUCCCGAAAAUCGAACGAAAUGCACAGCACAUUGACUUUCACUACAACGCACAAACAAAACUUGCACAAUGUGACCAACUUACCCAACAAUGGCGAAUUGAUUGUGUUGAUGGAAGGCAGACGAUUGUUCAUUUGGAUCGACAGCGUCCUGCUCAUGGACGACGUCAUUUCAGUCAAAAGCGCAUUAACGUCGUUGAUUUUCGAGGCUAAAGGCAACAGUUUCAUCGAAGAUUGCAUCUUCAUGGGAAAUCCACGAACAGAAAUGGAAUAUCUAAACGAAUGGGGAGAAAGGAUGCAGACAAUCAAGUUGGAAUCAGAUACAUCCGUUCUGGUUUCUCAUACCCUUUACGACGCGUUGGGUCGGCCAGCAAUCACCACCAAAGUAACGAGAAUCACGUCGGAUGAUCAACGUCCAUUGCUGUCGUACAACAGAGAUUUCAUCCGUGGGCCUAUCGAUCCAUCCGAUCGACUCUCAGUUUGGCAGACGCAUCGACUUGGCGGCGAAGUGGAUCGUUUGAAUGCUCCAGACAGAGGGGUUCCUUACUUUCGCGUAGCAUACGACGUCAAUCCGCUGAACGAGAAGGUCAUCGAAGGACUACCCGGCCCCGAAUUCACCGUCAACGGUCCAUUCGCUAAGAAAUCGCGGACGUGGUACAGCGCCAAAGACAACGAAAUCAACGUCGUAGAAAACCAUUUCCCAACGCGUCGAGGAUUCCGACACAAGGUCGAAGAAUUGGCAAACGGGACAAGAAAAGUGGCCGUCCUCGAUGAAAACGACAACAGAGUGGCAUUAUACGUUUACGUUCCUGGCUACGAUCAUUUGUUAAGUACCUACGAAUAUGAUUCCAAGAAACGGCUCAUCAAAAUCCUUCCGCCCCUUUACCACUCCCAUGUAAACACAUUCACGAACGCCAGUCCGUUGUUGCCGACGACACGGCCGAACGCAAACGAGAUUCGCUGGCAGCAAACAUUCGGUACAUUCACGAGCUACGACGAUGAAACAGAUCGGCUCAUCCGCAAAACAAGUCCCGAUGCCGGAACGUUCGAUUAUUAUUACAAUCGAGCCGGGCAAAUUCGUCUGGAGGUGCACUCCAGCUCGAACGGAACUGAUACUAUCGACAGCGUCGUUUUUUACGAGUACGGCGUCGACAGUGGAACUGUCACUCGCACCGGAUAUCUGCAACAAAUGCCCAUGUCACGAGAACAAUUUCAAAAAUCAUUAGCAAACGGAACAUUGCCGAAUGCAAAAUCCUACCAGUUCAUUGACAGAACAGAGGUGGACCAACGCCAUUACGAUCCGUCGCUGUCCAAGGGUGAACGCAACGCUACAUUCGUGACGCAAAAUACCAACUAUAGCGUCGUGGAAGAAAUGCGCUGGGACGGCCAAGAUCAUCUGGUGGAAUUGAAACAAAUUUUUCCCGACAAGAGUCCCGACUGGCAAAUUCGCAAAACAUAUGAUUCACACACCAAUCGUUUGCAAUCAAUCGAGUACCCAAUAGAAAAUGGCGAGCCUAUUCGAUUGGAACAUCGUUACAAUAAACUUGGACAGAUAAUUGAAUUGACGAUAGACGGCCAAAAAGACGCCAUCGUUCGCUUCAGCUACCACGCGAGUGGUCAGUUGGCCAGCGAGUCUAUCCAGCCCGGAAGCCAUGGAGAAUUCAACCGGACAUUUCACUACAAUUCCCCCGGCUAUUUAGAGUGCAUAUCCGACCCUUACUUGACGGAAUUGAUAUCUUACACGGAAGAUGGUUACGGGCUAAGUGGAUACGGCGAUGGCAUUGUCAUGAAAACGAUGUUUAAUGCGACGUGGGCACCUAACGCUGAUUGGAGGUGGUUUCAGGUUGCAGAUGGCUCGAAAUUUGGGUUGGAAUCGAAAUCAUCCGCCCAGCUUUGCUUCAACGCUCUUAAGCGUAACGGGUACAUGACAAAGACUGGCCGGCCACUCAAAGAUUACUAUUACCCUUUCAGCGCCGACGGCCAGGGUAAGAACUGGAUGCCUUUAGUGUGCGGAGGACGAAACGGCCAACAGAUAGCCAAAGUCUUGGCCCAAAAGCGAAUGCCGCGAAUUUAUGGACACCGUUACGCUUACGGCCAUCACCAGGAACUCGUUAAAGCCAAAUAUUUCACGGACGAAACGGAAAGUAUGGCCAUACCGUUCCAUCCGGAUUCUCUGGCAACGCAAACUGCUCUGAAUAAACAACAGUCGAGGGACAUUUGGAAGAAACUAGAUGCCGCUGGAUUCAUCCUCGCUGACGAAAGCAAUUCCGACUGGUUGGCAGCAAUUGCCAACCCGGCAAAAUCGCUGGUGCGGAGUGGCCAUUUGGAAUCCGGUCUACAAGCGAUCGCAACUGUUCAGGACGACGUGACACUCUACACAUAUCACAUCGAGAAAUUGAUCCUGCACCUGAUUGGUCAACGAAAACAUAAAUUAAUCGAUUACGAACAGUUUCAAAAAAUGUUUUUUCAAUGGAAAGGUAUCGAAGAUGGAUUACCACUCGUUAAUAAAGACAACUCCAAGCGAGUGGUUGCCAAAGUCCAUCAUUUGCUCAGCAAAAGUAAAAACAAUUCGGAUUGGUUGAAUCCAAAAUUGACGGACAUUUUCCGUCCAGCUCACUAUUCUCCAUUUUUAUCCGAUUUCAUCCGCAUCGUGGGUCAACGUUUCACCUACGGGUUGGGCCAACAUCCGUUCGAUGUCGCCUCGUACGAAAUCGAUGCCAACGGCAACCACCGUAAAUUUUACACGGGUUUUCAUCGAUACGAAUUUUCUUACGACGAUAAACGCGUCAAUCAAAUUCGUUCCGUCAAAGUGGACGAGCUCGGUCAACUAGAAAAAGAGAAAGAAAAGCAAAUGAUUCACGACAGUCAGGGCAACGUCAUCCAAGCCCUUCACAAGGGCAUCCAGCGGAUAGAAUAUAAUGUGGCAUCCAAGCGCACGACAGCCAUUUACUUAACAGACGGCCGUACAGUCCGCUUCGCCUAUGACGCACAUGGAGAAAGGACACUGAAGCAAGUAUUGGCAAAAGACGGGCAAGUAAUGACGGAAGUGCAUUACUUACGCGACGAAGACGGGCGUGUUGUGUUCGAUCGGCGCACUACGCAUUCGCCAGUGAUGGAUUUGCUUCCUGAACUCGGAGACGCCGCAUCCAUGGCAGUGACCACGGCUUACAUUUACGGGCCUCGCGGACUCGUCGGUUUCUUCCGCAACGGCAUCUUCCACAGCGUGUGGUCCGAUCAUUCCGGUUCAAUCCGCCUUGUCCUAAGAGAUGGCCAAGUUGUCUCCGCUUACGAUUACCUUCCUUACGGACAAUUGAUGCGCGUCUACGGAAGCGAUCCAGCAGCAGCAAUAGCCUAUCGCUACACUGGCCAAGAAUGGGACGAAGAGACGGGCCUUUACAAUUUCCACGCACGUCUCUACGACCCGGACAUUGGCCGCUUCUAUCAACCGGAUGCCCGUUCACAAUACUUUAGCCCGUACAAGUACGCGGGUAACUCACCCAUUUCGCUAGUCGAUCCCGACGGAGAAUUCAGCUUCCUCGUGCCAUUGGUCUUGGCGGUAAGCGGGGCAUACUUGAACGGCGCCACCAUUAACAACAACUGGAAUCCGGCCAAAUGGAACUACAAGAGCAGCGCGACUUGGGUGGGCAUCAUAAGUGGUGGCAUAGCUGGCGGACUCGCUCACAUUACGGCAGGAGCCACUGUUGCAGCCAUAGGACUUCGGGCAAUCAUAGCGGCCGGUAGCUCAUCGGCUUACAUCUCGGCAGCUGCGUCUAAUAACCAAUGGGAUCCAACAAAGUGGGACUUCACCAGUCCGGGUACCUACAACGGGCUUUUCAUGGGAGCCAGUACUGCAUUCGGCAUCGCUUCGGGGGCCAGCGUGGCCCAUCAAUUUGCCAACAAGUUUGGAACGUUAGAAAAGUCGUUCAUUUUGACUGCAACAUACGGCAGCGCUGCAGGUCUGGCUUACGGAAGUGGCGUAUUGGCCAACGACGGCCAAUUGAAUCCAUUCAAGUGGGAUUUGAAUAAUCCCACCACUUGGAGCGCUAUGCUCGACGGCAUCGACGUUGGAAUUGGCUCACCUACCGACUUGUCCCAAAUCAGCCGCGGCAUCUACAAACUGGCUCAAAACAGUCCGAAACAAUUAGCUGCCAUUCUUCCCAAAUUAAAAGAUUUACACCUGAAGCAAUUGACACCUCUGUUCGCGAAGGCAGCAACGGGUCCUUUAGGCAAAGGCGCUGCUGGGGCACUGACCGCUGUUUUCAUGACCAGUUUGACGAAUGGAAAUUUCGAUCCCAGCGCAUGGGACGGCUCUUCGUUGUCCACUUACGAAGGGUUCCUCAACGGCCUUACUAUGGGGGUGAGCGCUCGCAACAUGCUGAAAGCGGGAAUAAAACGCGCUGGCAGCCACCUGGAAACAACAGGCAGCAAAAGUACAAAACUAGCGGAAGAGAAAACACAUUUAGCCGUUCAAGAGGCAUAUGACGGCAUUCGCCCAGCCAAAAUUCGAAAAUGGAUCAAUACUAAACUUUUAGAGCUCGAGACAUUACCGAAAUUGCUGCGUGAUGGCGGUAGGUUCCAGUUCUCGGCAAAACAUUCGGAUCAUACAACAAUGUUGAAGCAGGCUGAAAUGCAAUUGAUUACGAAUCGAUUAGCAGAAAUCGAGGCACCUACAAAUCGAAAGAGAAAAAGGCAGAAUCAAGUUUUUACAGACAGGGCCAUCGGGUCAAUGGGUUGUGAGGUGAAACGAAGGAAACGAGACAUACUUACUAGCAUGAUGAAACCCAUCCUUUCACUAUGCCAGAUACGCCUUCCUGAUCGUGAGAAGCAGGCGAAAUUAAUACAAGACCCUGCGGCCUUCCUAAAAGAAACGGCAAUAAGCACGCAAUCGUUUUCGAAACCGAAACCUGUCAACGGGUACGUUGUGCCCAAGAACGGGGAAAAAUACAAUUUCCAAUUGGUGCAGGCCUUGGAUGGCCCAGGUUACCACUUGAAGGCUCAACUGCCGCCUUCAGACGAUGCGACGGCCAUUCAAGGCUAUUGGUUAACAACGAGAGAAGAAAUCGACAUCAACGUCCUGCACGGUCCAGCAUUCAUUUUCACUGCAGAAUUACAAGGCUGCUCCAUCUAUGUUAAAUACCACAAUUUAGUUGUUAACGGAAAAGACGAGCCCCGAAUGACGGUCUUCCAUCACCAACGUAAACACCCAUCGUUCAUUCAUCUGAAAGAUCGCGUUUUCGUUACACAAGACGGAAACGUAAUCCCUGAACUAAUUGGCGCACAACAGUUGUUUGACGUUAAUGGAAAUGCCUUCAACAUAGUGAACAACGAAAUCGCACCCAUACAAAAUAUUUACCGUAAAGAUAACAGCGGCGAUCUUAAAUUAGUUUUGGAGAAAAUGGUCGAAGAAAACAUCAAACUUAAGAAAAUAGAGGACCAUCUGGCGGCAAAAUACGACAUUGCAAUACGUUACGAGGAUUACCUGGGAUUGCCAAGCAAUUACGAAUCAGAUAUGCACGUCAAAGGUAUGGGCCUCAUGGCUUCCACACCGAUUCUCUUCCGGGAUGCUAAAGACAACCAAUGGUACUUUAUUUCGCAAAAGAUCUGGUACCAAGAAUGGAAACCUCCUACCGAACCCAAUUGCGAAAAAUUCAGAAUCUACCCCGAAAAGUUUUCGGAAAAUGUGAAGGAAUUCCGAAAUCAAGCAGGAGCUCAAUUUAAUGCCGUUGAAUACGUUUCCCAACUUAACAAAAACCUGAAAACAAACGGAGUUUUCAUUAAAAAGCUUAUCCCCAAAUCGGAACCCCAAACUCGCGAUCGACGCUCUCCUCGUUCGCCCUUGAUGGAAAAUACAAGUCACCCAUUCAAAUGUCAACGAGAACCAGUUGACAUUUAUCAUAACGAAACCCAAUCAGCCUUUGAUCCCGCGAAAUACGGAACUUCCAGCGCAGCAUCUCGUCCUGGCAGUUGGAUCAACUUAUUUUCACCUUCAAGUGGGCGCCAAAUCAUCAAAUCCAUCGCUUCCAUCAUUCCCAUCAAUUCCAUAAUGGAAUUCUUUCAAAUUCCGAGAACACCAUAUCUGGCUGGAGAAUUAGAUUAUCAACACGCAAUUGAUUUACCAUCGAAAUUAGACUCGGAUAAAAUCGAUUAUCGUGAUGUAACAAUUGGCAAUUGCUUUACCUUUUCUGAGGAUGCAUCAGUCGUUUGUUACGGUUACACCGGGAAAACGCUGUUGUUUGCCCAGCCAGCCGGUAGUCCUCUCCCGCUGGAACACACUGAAGACACGUUCGGUCAAUGCCGACCAAUUGAAUGGUAUGGCAAACCAUCUGUGACGUGUCGCGGUGGGAAGACUACCUUCAUCCACACUCCACAUCAAAAGACUUCGGCAGCUGUUAACCUCUUGAACGCCGUUGAUGGUUGGCUACUUUUGUCUUACGUAGUUCCAGGAUGUUAUCGGGAGGUCAACAAACUUAUUUCCCACGUCAAACAUGUUUGGACUGGAUCAGCAAAGGUCAGCAUUCCUAUUGACAAUCAAUGUAAGGAAUUGUGGCAUAAACAGAUGCAACAAGUGGAACACCUACUAACCAAAUGCGAAUACCAUCACGUAAAAUGGGCGCUGCCGCUGAUUGAAGAAACUCGCCAGCAAAUCCAAACACUGACGAAUACAAGUAAAGCCAAGACGAUGGACGAUGUGAGAGCAGCAAGGACUAUGACUGAGAGGCUGAAAGCACUCAUCGAGGACAUCAAUGAGGUAAUUGAAUGUGGAGAUGAAGAUGACGUGUUUUACGACUGUGUUGAAGAGUGUCCAGCUGCUGAAGAGCCUAUGUUUAACGAAAGUAAUAACAGCGCGGAAUCAAUUUCGGCUAGAUUACAUCACCUCACUCAACGUCUAAAAAUUUCGGCUUAAAAACACAAUGUAACACAUACAGUUCAUAUCUAUGGAGGAGCGUUAGACAGAUUUAAAACAUGACCCCAAUACACCCAAAAAAGUAGUU